AGCUGGCCACACCAGCGUCUGUGCUCGCGCACCUGGGAACAUGGCUUUAGGUGCUUCUGGUUUCGACUGGAAGCGCAGCUUACAUCCCGUACACCGCGCGAGUUGGCAAGACCUAUGGGAACAGGUGCAAGUUAAGAACACCUUCUUGCACUUUGUGCAUGGGAUGGAAGUUGACGAGGAGAUCACGACUGCUCCCAACCGCCCUCCGGCGCACAGCUUCGGAUCCGGCCAAGAAGCGCCUCAAGGAAGAGGUGGGUGAUGGUGAAACCUCCACUGUGGCUGCAUCUUCUUCCACCGGUUCAGGCCGCGCUACACCACAGUACGAGGAGAAGCUUGCAGCCCACCAAGCUGGUCAGUGCCGUCCCUGCGGAUACUUCAAUGUGAAGGGUGAUGGAUGCCGCCUGGGGGACGACUGUCAGUACUGCCACUUCUGCACGGAGCAGGACUUGAAAAGCCGCAAGCGCAGCUCCAAGCGCAAAGCCCGCUCGGAAAAGCGUGCUGCUGCGUGCAUUGCCCGAGCAGCAGACAUCAAUCCAGGGGCAGAAGAGGAUGAUUAUGAGGACUUGUGGUUCUUUGCCAAAUAAGAAAGCUCGCGCAGAGGAACGCAAGAAUGACGACAGCCUGUUCUGAUGAGCAGGCCAGCUACACCUGCGCGGCACGGGUUACGAUCAUUUCUGUUUACGGAGUAUCACCUGGUCUUCUCUUUGCGCGAUGGUCGAAGAACAGUCGUUGAAGAACCCC